AUGAGGCUCUUUCACAGCUUACCACUCAUCUCAUUCGCCGCCCACUCAUGUGUGGCUGAACCAUCUUCAGAACCCCAAUACGUCUUCAGCAACCCGCCCGUUUCGGAGUCAGGUUAUCGGAUUCCUACCUCGUACGAGUCUGCUGUGCUGGGUCGCCGCAUCUUGGCACUUAGUCCACUCGGCACCGUCGGGACCGUCUUCCCAAGCUCAUCCGAUGGCCACUUCUCCAGCCAGGAGAACCGUCCUGAUGGCCUGGGGGGAAUGCCUCAUGCGCUCAUGGAAUACGUCGCCGACUGUGAGGAUGAGGGGAACCCAACUUUUCUCGCCAUCAACAUCGAGACAUCCUUCAAGAACGUCCGGGACGGUUCCAACAUCAGCCUGUCCCAGCAGUGGACACCACGCUAUCCUCCCGACAAGCGCAUUAAGUCGACUUUGUUUGAUUGGAUCUUUGGGCGUGACAAAUCCGAGGAUACUGUGCCUUAUAGCGCAGCCAACCUGCCGCGCUUUAGUCUGCUGGGCUAUAUCGAGAAGAUCGAUUCCAUGCCCACCGAGGCUCUGGCAUCAUGCUUCGUGAGCAAGCACUCGGAUGCCAAGUAUUGGCUGCCCGGCAACCGCAUCCACUUUUCCGAGUUUGUGCGGCUGGUGGUGACCCAGGUGUACUGGGUGGGCGGUUUUGGUGAUCGAGCUUACAUCGGCUGGAUCCCGGUCGAGGAAUGGAAAAAUGUUACUCGGAAGGAAUGGGAAGCAGUGACGUUGCCAGGUGAGAAGAAGGGCUGGAAGGAGUGGACAGUAGGCGAUCUCUGA